AUGGGCCAGCACGCCGUCUUCACGAUAUUGGUGACACCUUCGGUGACGUCCAGUCGGAGUGCUCGCGCUGCGCCCCGCUGCACCCCGGCGUAUCCCACGGGGGGGGGCCGCCCGGUCACGGCAGCGCCCGCCAACGAAGGAGGCGAGGCCGCGGUCGGCUGCCCGGCGCCGCGGGCUUUCGCCUGCGGGGCGGCGGGCAAUGGCGGCCAGCGCGUGGGUGUUCGUGUUCGGCCGCUCGUGCGGCUCUGGGAUGGGCGCGACGCGGUCGGCCAUCUGCUGGCGGGGGCGUUGCUGCUGGCGGACAGGCGCUGGGAGCGCGUGGUGACCCACGGGGCCCUCGGCGAGUACGGGCACCCAUGGGGCACCCAGGUUACGGCGUCCAAGGCCCGCGCGGAGGCCAUUGCGGCGUACGCGUCGCAGAGGCACAUCCUGCAUCUCUACAGCGAGUGGUCGAGCCUCGCGGUGCCCGUCGAGCAGUUCGACGUGCCCCGUGCCGGCGCCUGCUGCGCCCGGGGAGCGGGCAGCAUCCCCUACUACGGGGCCACCUGCGCAGCCGGCGCCCAGGGCCACGCGCACGCGGCCGGCCUCGCGCUGGCGUGGGAGUCGCACGCGUACUCGCUCCAGGAUGAUCAAGACCUCGCCAGGGAGCUGGCCCGGACCGUGGACGUGGACCUCUACGGGCUGCCGCUGCUCCGGCGGUUCCUGUACGGGCCCGCCGCUGUGGCCGCCGCGCCAGCGCAGGCCGUGCACGCCUGCAGCCUGGGCACGGCGGCCGCCCUCGCCUGGGCGGCGCUGGCGCCGAACGGCUCCCGCGUCACCGUGCUGCCGCUGGCCGCCACGGCGGGGCGGCUGCUCGAGGACGCCACGAUCCUGCCGCUGCAGGGCUCCAGGCUUGCAAGCCGCGUGGCGAUCUUCGACGGGCACCGCGCGGCCGACCUCGCCGGGUGCGACUGCCUCCUGGGGCGCGCGGAGCCGCUCUUGGAGAUGCUGCAGCACGAGGAGGCGCGGCGUGCCCGGCGGAGCUGGCGGCUGGCGGUGCACGGGGACCUCGGCGGGGGCGUGCUCGGGCCGGGCGGCGGGGGGGCUGCGGCCGGCGGGCGCGCGGUGGAGGCGCGUCUGCGGCGGGUGCUGCGCGGCGGGGGCUGGCGCGUCUCCAGUCCCGGCGGGUGUGAGACGGAGCAGCGGCUACGAGCGCAGCUGGGCAUGGAGCACCGUGUGUUCUUCGAAAGACUCGCCGCAGCCCAGCGUGGAGGAGGUCGAGCGCUUCGCGUGCCGGCUGGAGGUGGUGCUCGCCGACGACGGGGGCUGACGUGGUGA